ACUGCCCACCUGCUUGUCCCGGGUUAAGGCUGGGAGACUCCAGAGCGCGGCGAGAACUGUCGCACAUGCGCCUUGCUGCAAGAUGGCACCUGCCGGCAGCUGCUACUGCUUGCGCAACGCUGUGGCCACUGUUGGUGGACGCGUAUUAAUGUUGCUUCUGCUAGUAAUCCAGUCUGCUAGGUUGCUCCCAGGCGCCUGGGCCACAGAACGCUACUCGCCGCUGUCCUUGCUCAAGCAGGAGCUGCAGCACCGGCAGCAGCAGGAGGCCCAGGCGGGCGGCGGUGGCUGCAGCCCGCAGUCCGGGGACUGGGAGGAUCAUUAUCCCGCCGAAUGCGGUGAGUCAUCCUUUUUGAACUUCCAUGACUCAGACUGUGAACCCAAAGGAUCGCCACCCUGUGACCCUUUACUUUCCUUCAACACUGAGAAGAUCCUGAGCCAGGCCAAGUCUAUUGCAGAACAAAAACGAUUCCCGUUUGCUACUGAUAAUGACAGCACAAAUGAAGAGUUAGCUAUUGCUUAUGUGUUGAUUGGCAGUGGUCUCUAUGAUGAAGCAAUAAGACAUUUUUCAACAAUGCUUCAGGAGGAGCCUGAUCUGGUUAGUGCAAUUUAUGGCCGAGGGAUAGCCUAUGGAAAGAAGGGGCUACAUGACAUUAAGAAUGCUGAGCUUGCUCUGUUUGAAUUGAGCCGAGUAAUUACCUUGGAACCAGAUCGUCCAGAGGUAUUUGAGCAGCGAGCAGAAAUUCUGUCUCCUCUGGGACGAAUUAAUGAAGCAGUGAAUGAUCUCACUAAAGCUAUUCAGCUUCAACCCUCAGCACGGCUGUACAGGCACCGGGGAACGUUGUAUUUCAUAUCAGAGGACUAUGCAACAGCCCAUGAAGACUUUCAGCAGUCCUUAGAACUGAACAAAAACCAGCCUAUAGCUAUGCUAUACAAAGGUUUAACUUUCUUUCACAGAGGACUUUUGAAGGAAGCCAUUGAAUCCUUCAAAGAAGCUUUGAAACAGAAAGUUGAUUUUAUUGAUGCAUAUAAAAGUCUGGGGCAGGCUUAUAGAGAACUGGGAAAUUUUGAAGCUGCCACUGAGAGUUUUCAAAAGGCACUGUUGCUCAACCAAAAUCAUGUACAGACCCUCCAGUUACGAGGAAUGAUGCUUUAUCACCAUGGCAGCUUACAGGAAGCCCUUAAGAACUUCAAGCGGUGUCUGCAGCUAGAGCCAUAUAAUGAAGUAUGCCAGUAUAUGAAAGGACUCAGCCAUGUUGCAAUGGGGCAGUUUUAUGAAGGAAUAAAAGCACAAACUAAAGUUAUGCUAAAUGAUCCUCUACCAGGUCAGAAGGCAAGUCCAGAGUAUCUUAAAGUGAAGUAUCUCAGAGAGUAUUCUCGGUAUCUUCAUGCACAUCUAGAUACUCCCCUUACAGAAUAUAAUAUUGAUGUAGAUCUUCCUGGUAGCUUUAAAGACCACUGGGCUAAAAAUCUGCCUUUCCUCAUAGAAGAGUAUGAAGAGCAGCCAGGGUUGCAACCCCACAUAAGAGAUGUGUUGCAUCAGAAUUUUGAGAGUUAUAAACCUGAGAUACAAGAGCUGAUCUGUGUAGCUGAUCGUUUGGGAUCACUAAUGCAGUAUGAAACUCCUGGUUUUCUGCCAAACAAGAGAAUACACAGAGCUAUGGGGUUAGCUGCAUUAGAAGUCAUGCAAGCUGUACAGCGUACAUGGACCAACUCAAAGGUUCGAAUGAAUGGUAAAACACGACUGAUGCAGUGGAGAGACAUGUUUGACAUCGCAGUAAAGUGGAGGCGGAUUGCUGACCCAGACCAGCCAGUGCUAUGGUUAGAUCAGAUGCCAGCACGAAGUCUUAGCAGAGGUUUCAACAACCACAUCAAUCUAAUCAGAGGUCAAGUAAUUAACAUGAGAUACCUGGAAUAUUUUGAGAAAAUUCUCCAUUUUAUUAAGGAUAGAAUUCUUGUUUAUCAUGGAGCUAAUAAUCCAAAGGGAAUGAUGGAAGUUAGAGAAGCUCUGGAAAAAGUACACAAAGUAGAAGACCUUCUUCCAAUUAUGAAGCAGUUUAAUACUAAAACAAAGGAUGGUUUUACUGUGAACACCAAAGUUCCCAGCCUCAAGGAUCAAGGGAAGGAAUAUGAUGGAUUCACAAUCACUAUUACAGGAGACAAGGUUGGAAAUGUACUAUUCUCUGUGGAAACACAAACCACAGAAGAAAGGACACAAUUAUAUCACGCUGAAAUAGAUGCACUUUAUAAAGAUCUAACAGUAAAAGGAAAAGUACUCAUUCUUUCAUCAGAAUUUGGGGAGGCUGAUGCUGUUUGCAACUUAAUCUUAUCUCUAGUUUAUUAUUUUUAUAAUUUAAUGCCACUCUCUCGAGGAUCCAGUGUAAUAGCUUACUCAGUGAUUGUCGGAGCACUGAUGGCAAGUGGAAAAGAAGUAGCAGGGAAAAUUCCAAAAGGAAAGUUAGUGGACUUUGAAGCUAUGACGGCACCUGGAUCAGAAGCCUUUAGCAAAAUAGCUAAAAGCUGGAUGAACUUGAAAAGGUACAGUCCUCUCAAGCCACUCAUGACACCGUUACUACAUCCAAAUCCCUCUCCUUUUCCUCUCUCUCUGGGUGCUAAUGGAGCUGGAGUUCAGAGACAUCUUGUCCUCUGGCUCCUAUCGUUUUAUUUCGCCUUCUUAUAAGACUCUUCCAUCAGUAUCAGAGAUGUUCCCAACAUUAAGAUCAAUGAUCGAGGUGCUAAACACUGAUUCUGCUCCACGUUGUCUUAAGAAACUCUAGUUAGCUGUGGUAUUUUUAAAAGUAAAGAGCCGGACCUCUUGCUUAAGUUAUUUUUUAAAACACGGAAUUAUAAAGAAAUUGGGUCCUUUAUUAUUUUUGAUAUCAAUUUUUGAUAGGAAUUGAAUACUUGAAAUCAUUUUCUUUUCUGAACCAUAGCAAAAAUCAUGGAAAGAUUUUUAGGAGAGAAAAACUGGGAGAGAAAAUAUAUAUAUUAGACUGUGGUCUGUUGGUUUCCACUUGUAAAAUCUACAAUUCUUUCAUUACAGCAAAAGUUCACUUCUCAAGCCAGAAACUAAUAAUUAAAAGUAACAAAGAAAAUGUUUUCAUUCUUUUAAAGAUGUGGAUAUUUUCCAGAAUUUUUUAUGUAUAUUGUGAUUGGCCAUCUUGCUUUUAACUUGUAGUUGAAAAUUUGAGGUUUCUCCAUUUUAUUUGAACAAUGAAAAGUUCAUAGGCAUAAACACAUACCACAGAGUUCACAGCCAAGAACACUUAUUAAACAGUAUCUGCCAAUGAUCCAAACACUGAAUUAUUGAACUGUUUUUUUUCUUUCUCUUUGUUGGAAAAAAAUAAACAGGUGAUUUCUUUAAGUCACCAGUUUUUAACAUUA